GUGUGUGUGUGUGUGUGUGUGUGUGUGUGCGCACGUGUGGUUUUUCAUUACAUUGUGAAUCAGUAUGGCUUAAUUAACAGUCGCCUUGAAACAAAAGGUAUCAUGCAGGUAUGUCAAAUGUAGCAAAACUCGUAUUGUAAUCAGUUUAAAUGGUUGUAUUAUACAGUGUAGGCACAGUACAGUCUCUCUCUCUCACACACACACACACACACACCACACUUUAGCAUAAAUUUUAGAUCUAAUCUUGUAGUUUAAUAUAUACUAUUCAAAUGGUAGCUUGUCAGCUUAUUUCUGGACAUAACACAAAUCAUGUUUAUGAGUGUAAUACACUCAUUGGAGCUUUGUGAGAAUGUGUUGAACUUGAUUGCGCUUGGACAUGUGAGUUGUUUAUUGUUGGAAAUGUGACUGUCUCUGCUCUGAUGUGCAUCACCAUUUGCCACAUUUUGAUUGGAAUACUAGGACUCCAAAACACUUGGUUCUCUCUUCUACGAAAGAUGCAUGGUUGAUGUGAGAAUUGGUGUUUUGAUCAGUUAGCUUGAACUUCUGUUACACACAACUGGUAAAUUUCCAGACACUUGUAUCUACCAUUUGGAACUACAAGGAGUUGAUAAACGUACCAAGCACGUGUAGAAAAUCUCAGUCGGAUUGUGUUUUUACGAUUCGUAGACAUUAGGUUGUAAAGCACUGCAAAUUUAAUUGUAGAAAUCUGAUGGGACGCGAGACUAGAAAAGAGGUGCAGUACAGUACAUAUGACGUUAUCAAGUGGAGUAUGACUACUAGUAGUCUACUCUAACAUUCAGUGGCGUAGGAAUGCCAUCCAGGUGGGGACUCACCAUCAUCAAUGCCGUAACCUCGUGUACCCAGGACGUCUGCGCGCAAGUGCUUUUGUAUUGUUGUUGGAGCUCCUCGUUUUCUUUCACUUGUAGGUGAUAGUGACUAUAGGCUGCUUAUUGGGGGUCAUGGCCCAGUGGUUCCGUGGUUUCUACGUCUAGGGGUCAUUGAAUACCACCAGGAGCUUAAUUAAUUGAAUAAAUAGAGAGAAGAACCUAGAGGCUCAUGAUAUCACAAAUUCGUGAGGACCACCACCGCCACCACAACAUUCCUGUCAACAAUACAGUAACACCAACUGCAAACUGGCAGUGGUUUACAGAGUUUUACUGCUAAUUAGUAUUCGCAGGAUUUGCUGUUUGAUUUCCGUUACGUAAUGUACUAUCUGCUACACUAUCCCUAUUUCUAACCAUGUUUUACCUAUAGCUCGGUACGAAAGCAAAGACUCUUAAAUUUGCAUUUGUACAAUGAAGCGGACUAGAGUUGUGGGAGUGCACGCUUUCUUGUUAGCUGACGUUUGCGCACGUAAUCUAAUUAGGUUUGCUUGUUACGUCUUUGCAAUAUCCCGGAAGUGUUGAGUCAGGUGCCCACUCUGCAUUUUCUAAUUACGGUCGAUUGUGAAAUCCUGUCAUUCCAAUUCGCAAACGAACAAGAGCGCGUAGUCGUCUUGUCUCUUUCUCGCGUCUCUCUCAUGGAAGGGUUCCGUAGUUCACUUGUAGGUGGCCAUGACUUUCACCUUCCCUUUCACUUCACUAACCUCGAACUGAUCGGCUCUGGAGGCCACAGCGUUGUGUGUUCGGCACUCGAUACGCUCUCUAAUCAACGUGUAGCUAUUAAGAAGCUAAGUCUUCGUUGCUCUCGCGCUGCCCUACGAGAAAUAACGAUUUUGAAGCGUCUGCGACAUCAGAAUGUUGUGUGCGUACAUGAAGUUGUGAGUUACGGAGAUCUUGAUGAGGAAAAUCUCAACAGUGUUUAUGUAGUGCAGGAACUGAUGCCUACAGACUUGGGUCACUUGUUCAAACGCAGCACAAUGGAUGAGGAUCAUGUGAAGAUAUUUCUCUAUUAUCUGUUGAAAGGAGUGAAGUACAUUCAUUCUGCGAAUGUUAUUCAUCGCGAUAUUAAGCCAAGCAAUGUGCUCAUUGAUGGAGAGACACUUGAUUUGAAAAUCUGCGAUUUCGGAUUAGCCAGAGUUCUCGACAGUGCCUAUUACCAUGGAGGAUUCCUGACAGAGACGGUCUGUACUCAGUGGUAUAGAGCUCCGGAAGUAAUGCUGACACCCAAGGACUACACGAACAAGAUUGAUAUGUGGUCUGUUGGAUGUGUGUUCGCUGAGAUGCUUCUAGGAGGAAAGCCUUUGUUUCCAGGGAGUAACGAAUAUGACCAGAUUAGAUUGAUUCUCCAGACUGUUAGACUAGACAGCAGAGAUUUGGAGUAUCUUAGACACAAGGGAGUGGACAGCCCCAUUCUACCAAGACAACCAAGAGAAAUCGUAGCAUUGCCACAGAAUCUACAGACAGCAAGAUCUGAGGCUCUAGAUUUACUAGACAAAAUGCUCACAUUUAAUCCGGAGACUAGAAUCAGUGCUGAACAGGCUUUGUCUCAUCCUUACUUGAAAGAGUUUGCUAAUCCAGACAAUGAGCCAGUAGCUAGUGAUCCCUUCUACAUAGAAUCGGAAGUCAAUGAUUACCAGCCGGAGAACACUAUGAAGGAGAUGAUUCGUCAACUGAGCUGCUCGUCACCAAGAGGAUUGGAACUUUUGAUAGACAAACAGAACGUUAAAUCUGACUAGAAAAUUUAAUAGCAGCUGUUUUAUGUAUUUUGCAAUGUUUGCAAGAUAAACGUUUGCAGCAUAAACAUUUUGUGGAUAGGAUUUUACAUUUUAAGUGCCUGAGAAACAGGCAAGCUUUACAUAAUAACAAGUGGUCAGAUUGUCAGGUCUA